AUGACUUUGCCCAAGAGACUUGCUUUAGAAACACUUCGUCGUUUACGGCAAGAAGGAGGGUCUCGUCUUAAAGAAUAUGAGGUUCAAGAACCAAGUAUCAUUUAUGAUGAGGUUACAGAAGAAAUUUAUCAAUCCGAAGUCAAGAAAAUGACAGAAAUGGUCGUUAAUGAUGAUGGCUCUCAAUAUAUAACAGAAGAAUUAGAUGAUUUGGGGCAAAAAUAUAGUGAUGAUUCUGAGUAUGAGGAUGAUCCAGCAGAUGGGAAAAGAAAAAGAAAAUCUUUAGAGAACUUAACGGAUGUUAAACCUAAUACAACUAUCAACAAUUACUUUUUACGUGCAGCCAUUUCAAGUAAAAUGACAAAACCUAAAAAUGUACAAUUCAUGCAAGUCAUCAAUGAAGUUCCUUAUCAGCAAGAAAUUCAAGAAUCUUCUUUUGAUAAUGAAUUUAGAUUUGGUUAUCAAAAUAAAUUCGAUGAUAUUUCUUUGAAUCAACCGAUAAAUUCGAAUGAUUCCUUAAAUGAUCAAGUAAAAAGUCCCAUGAAUGAUCAAGUCAAAAGUCCCAUGGAUUAUCAACCAAAUAAUUUAGAUGACGAUGAUGAACAAGAGAAAGAAAUUUUAUCAAUUCAAGAAUCUUCUUUUGAGAAUGAAUUCUGUUAUCAAAAUAAAUUUGAUAAUCUUUCUUUAAAUCAACCGAUAAAUUUGAAUGAUUCCUUAAAUGAUCAAGUCAAAAAUCCCAUGGAUAAUCAAUCAAAUAAUUGUUACCGAUUUUUUUGGAUAGAUGCAAUCGAAAAGGCUGGAUUAGUAUAUAUAGUUGGAAAAGUUUUUGAUAAUAAAUGCAAUUCAUAUAUGAGUUGUUGCGUCACUGUCAAAAAUAUCCAUAGAAACAUUUUCGUAUUGCCAAGACAAAAAAAACUUGAUGAGAAUGAUCAUGAAACCGAAAUUGAAGUGACGAUGGAAGAUGUUGGUAGCGAAAUUUAUAAUUAUGUUAACAUGGAGUUAAAAGUUUUGCAACUUUUCACGAAAGCAGUCCGUCGUAGAUACGGAUUUGAAUUACCAGACGUUCCUGCGGAAACGCAGUACUUGAAAGUUAUGUAUCCGUUUAAACAAGAAGCUUUACCUAAGAACUUGAGUGGAAAAACCUUUAGUCGCGUUUUUGGUACGAAUACUUCUGCACUUGAGUUAUUCUUAUUGAAACGCAAAAUCAAAGGCCCAUGUUGGUUGGAAAUCAAAGAUGCAUUGGUAGAAACUUCAAAGAUUUCAUGGUGUAAACUUGAGCUUCUCGUUGAAGACCCUAAAAACAUAAACCCUUUGAAUGAAUCGAAUUUGGCCGAGCAUAUUAAACCACCUCCAUUAACAAUUAUGUCAUUAAGUUUAAGGACAAUAUUAAAUGAACAAAAGCAAGUUAACGAAAUAGUUGCUUUUAGCGUACGAUUUUAUCCAAAAGUAUCUUUGGAUGAAACAGUUCCGCCCGAACAGUUACAGCAUCCUACACAAUAUUCUGCAAUUCGUCAAUUGAAUAGUCAGCCAUGGUGGCCUAAUUCUUUCGAAGAGCACGUGAGGGAAGAAAAAAAAAAAGGACUUCGUUUAAAUUUGGAAACGAAUGAAUUUUCGUUAAUAAAUUACCUAUUAGCACUCAUCAAACAGUAUGAUCCUGACAUUUUUGUUGGACACAACUUUAUUGGAUUUGAUCUUGAUGUUUUGUUACAUCGUUUAAAGACACUAAAGAUUAAAGACUGGUCUUGCCUUGGAAGAUUUCGAAGAAAUGAAUGGCCAAGACAACAUAGUGGGUCAGAUUCAUCCUUCGUAGAAAAAUCGAUCGUAAACGGUCGACUGAUUUGCGAUACCUAUCUAAAUGCAAAGGAUCUUAUUAAAUCCAAAAACUAUACAUUGACGGAACUUGUUUCGUCACAAUUAGGCAAACUUCGAAAAGACAUUGAAUAUGAUAAAUUUUCAACGUAUUACGGACGAGCUAAGGAUCUACUAUAUUUAAUAUGUCAUUGCUGGAAUGAUGCUAUUCUCACAGCAGAACUUAUGCUCAAGCUUCAGAUUUUGCUCCUUACUAAACAAUUGACGAACUUGGCUGGCAAUAUAUGGUCAAAAACUCUUGCUGGAGCUAGAGCAGAGCGUAAUGAAUUUCUUCUCCUACACGAAUUUCAUCAACAUAAAUAUAUUUGUCCAGACAAAGAAUAUAAGAAAAAUCAAGAGCAAAUUAAUACUAAUGUUGAAGAUGAGCCGACAGAAACUAAAAAGAGUGGACGAAAAAAACCCACUUACGCUGGAGGUCUUGUGCUAGAGCCCAAGAAAGGAUUUUAUGAUAAUUACGUUGUCCUUUUGGAUUUUAACAGCUUAUACCCUUCAAUUAUUCAAGAAUAUAAUAUAUGCUUUACUACAGUAGACAGAGUUGGCAUGGAAAAGGAUAAUAUUACUCCUGAGGUGCCUGAUUCGAGUUUACCACAGGGAAUCCUUCCUAAACUGAUUGCGAAUUUAGUUGAGCGAAGAAGAAUGGUAAAAAAUCUUAUGAAGAAUCCAAAAGUAACCCCAAGCGAACUUGUCGAAUAUGAUAUUCGUCAAAAGGCUCUUAAACUUACAGCAAAUAGUAUGUAUGGUUGUUUGGGUUUUCCUUUCUCCAGGUUUUAUGCCAAGCCGUUAGCUAUGUUGAUCACUUCUAAAGGUCGUGAGAUCCUGGAAAAUACUGUUAAGUUGGCUGAGAGCGAAAAGAUGGAGGUCAUUUAUGGAGAUACGGAUUCAAUUAUGAUCAGCACUAGAGCAACAGAUAUAAAAGAAGCAUCAGAAGUUGGUAAUAUCUUAAAAAAGAAAGUCAACGAGCGAUACAAAUUGGUUGAACUUGAAAUCGAUGGGUUUUUUGAGAAAUUGCUUCUGCUCAAGAAGAAAAAAUAUGCGGCAAUCGUUAUAGAAGAAAUAAACGGUAGUUUGAAACGUACGUGUGAAAUGAAAGGGCUCGAUUUGGUUAGAAGAGAUUGGUGUGACUUGGUGCAUCAAAUUUUAUCAUCUUAUGAUAGAGAAGUAGUAGUUAAUAAUAUUCAUGCUUACUUGAGAGAAGUAGGAGAGCAUACACGUUCCGGAAAAUACCCUAUUUAUUCCUUUAUAAUAAAUAAAAAUCUCGCAAAGCCACCCGAAGCUUAUCCUGAUGUUAAAAUUCAACCUCAUGUGCAAGUAGCAUUGAGAAUGAAAACAAAAGGAUUAAAUCCCCGAUCGGGAGAUACUAUUCCAUAUGUUAUCUGUUUAACAACUGAAGAAUCUGAUAAAAGUACUGCUGACCGAGCUUUUCAUCCCGAUGAAAUAAGCGGAUCUAAUUUACAAAUUGAUCAUGAUUGGUACUUAAAACAACAAAUUCAUGCUUCGAUAUCUAGAUUAUGCGAACAUGUUGACGGAAUUGAUAACUUAUCUAUUGCUGAAUGUUUAGGGCUUGAUCCAUCAAAAUUCAAAAGUUCAUCAAAUUCGGCAAAGUCGUCAUACCAAAUCAGCUCAAAAAUGCCGAAGGAAGAACGUUUCAAAGGCGUUGAAACCUUUAAACCAAAAUGUAUAUAUUGUGAUGCAAUUAAUACCGUUGAAUGUUUAUGUCCACAAAAAGAAGGCGUAGUUAAGUGUAGUGGAUGUAACAAUAUUAUCCCUUUUGCUUCGAUCUUGACACAACUCACUUUCAAAGUUCGGUCACAUAUUAAAAAAUAUUAUGACGGUUGGAGAGUAUGUGAUGAACAAAGUUGUUCGUAUAAAACUAGACAAAUCACUUAUUCAAAGAAUUGUAUCAAUCGAGGAUGUAUUGGAAAAAUGAAAGUUGAGUACGACGAACAAAUGUUAUAUAUCCAGUUACUAUAUCUAUCUCAAUUAUUUGAUAUGGAUAAAGCGCGAAAUAAUGGUGCUCAAAUUGUAAAAGAAGUCGGCAGAUUGAAAAGUUCGGUUGAUAAAUAUCUGGACCAAAAUGCAUUACGUUAUGUAAAUUUAGGAGAGUUAUUUGCUGUUGAUUAA